AUGAGUGGGUCGUCGGCUGCAGGAGUUGCCAAGAGUGGAACUGAUCGGAGUGCAAUGUUGACAAGGGAUGAGCAUGCAUAUGGAGAAGUUGAGUUUUUAACCAAGAAAGGACUCGUCAUUUGCAAUCACUUUCACAACUUCUAUUGGUAUGAAAUCUAUGGAAUAUGGAUUACUCUUGGAUAUCUGUGUAAGAAGGGUAUGGAAUUUGUCUAUGGAAUAUGGAUUACUCUUGGAUACCUGUCUAAGAAGGGUAUAAAAUUUGUCUAUGAAAUAUGGAUUACUCUUGGAUAUCUGUUUUCCCAAAAUACGGAUUACUACUUGCACCUAUCAUAUCAGAGUAAUAAGGAACACUGCAAUUACUUCAAGUUCGCAGAUGAUGAUGACGACGACGUGAUCUCCACAAUCCGUUUCAAUGCUGCACUUCGUAAAGCUGUAAGAAACGAAGAAUUUAACGAUCUAAGAACAACGGUUUCAGAGAUGGAUAAUGAAAUUGAUGAGCAUGUUGUUAACUUUUUGGAAUUUGAUGGAUGUACUUAUGGAUUGAAUGGACUUGAUGGAUUAUGGAUGUUUAUAUGCAAUAGGGAUGUAUAUUUUGUGACUAAGAUGUCUACACGAGGAGGUAGAGGACGGUUGAGUAGUAGGAGUGUCGGUAGGGGCACAGCAGCUCCUUUAGCACCCGCCGUUGCAGCAUCGACUGUCGGCGAGCACGUCGCACGUGAGAUUGCGAGAGCAGUACAAGACGCCCUAGCUCGCACUGAGGGCGGCAGCGGACAUGCUCUCAAGCUUACUAAAGAGUUUUUCCGCUCCGGCCCACCAGAGUUUGUGGGGGAGGCUAAACCGUUGGAGGCUGAGAGUUGUGAAGAUUGUCCUACAACCAGCACAUCCACUUCCACCUUCGUCCUUCACCGCCGUUUGGGCUGCCGCCGCGUCUUCACUGCCAAUCCUUCAAAUGUUCAGCACAUUCUCAAGACCCAUUUCCAUAUCUACCAAAAAGGCGAAAUCUUUCGAGCACACAUCUUCGACCUACUUGGCGAUGGCAUCUUUAGUGUCGACGGUGAGAACUGGAAGUUCCAGAGACAAGUUGCUAGCCAUGAAUUCAACACCAAAUUUUUACGCAAAUUUGUCGAAACUGUUGUCGCCACUGAGCUCUCAGAUCGCCUCAUUCCUAUCUUCUCCACCGCCGCUGCGAACAAAACUGUGCUUGAUCUUCAGGAUAUUCUUCAGAGAUUCGGAUUUGACAACAUAUGCAAGAUUUCUUUCGGACACGAUCCUGCCUAUUUGCUGCCAUCUCUUCCUCAAGAAAAAUUCGCGGUAGCCUUCGAAACUGCUGUUCGAAUCAGCGGUAAAAGGUUCAGAGCCUUUCAUCCCCUGAUUUGGAAAACUAAACGGUUUCUCGACAUUGGAUCUGAGAAACAGCUUCGAAUUUCUGUCAAUGAAGUUCGGGAAUUCGCCAGAGAAAUAGUCAAAGAAAAGAAGCAAGAACUCGGUGAAAACUCAUCACUCGAAUCUGUUGAUCUUUUAUCACGAUUCUUGAGUUCCGGACAUUCGGAUGUAAACUUCGUCACCGACAUAGUCAUCAGCUUCAUAUUGGCAGGUCGCGACACCACAUCGGCGGCCUUGACGUGGUUCUUCUGGCUAAUCUCGAGACACCCAGAUGUGGAAAAUGAGAUUCUGAAAGAGAUCAAUGAAAAGUUGGAAGAUGCGAGUUUUGAGGAAGUGAAGGGCAUGGUUUACACACGCGCAUCGUUGAGCGAGAGCAUGAGACUAUAUCCACCAGUCCCCAUUGACUCAAAAGAAGCGAUAGAUGACGACGUGUUGCGGGAUGGGACGGUAAUCAAGAAAGGUACGAGGGUGGCUUACCAUCCAUACGCAAUGGGGAGAUCGGAGAAGUUGUGGGGGAGGGACUGGACAGAGUUCCGGCCAGAGAGGUGGUUGGAAAAGAGAGACGAGGCGGCCGGAAAGUGGAGCUUCGUGGCAAGGGACCCAUACACUUAUCCGGUGUUCCAAGCUGGACCGAGGAGGAUAUGCCUGGGGAAGGAUAUGGCGUUCUUGCAGAUGAAGAGGGUGGUUUCUGGUGUCUUGCGGCGGUUUCGAGUUGUGACAGCUUUUGAGGAAGGUGAAGAGCCAAUUUUAAUAGCUCAUCCGGUGUCCAAGAUGAAAGGUGGUUUUCCGGUGAAAAUUGAGGAGAGUGUUGAGAAGGAUUUCUGACGCCGGCGACGUUGCGGUUGUAGCCGUUGCAACAGUUUGAAAGACUUCUAUGUAUAUAUGGAAUAAUUAUUUGGUCUUUCGAGCUAUCACCAGACAGCAAAAUUAUACAAUAGUCUCAGUACCAAACUUGUGGAGUCAUGAUCCUCUCUGUUCCCUCCUGUUGACUUUUCUACUCAUGUGAUUUUGAAAAAUAGAAAAAAUAUAAAAGAAUAA